AUGGAGUUUGAUGAGUCAAAGAGGAAUAAUAAAAGAGAUAAAGAAAUUAAACCACUUGAGGUGAAUGACAACGUGGCCUAUGAGAUGAUUCAAAGCGGAGAUCAAGCAUUCACAGCGUUAAAACUUGAUUCAUCCAACUCUUUCGCCAUCGCUCGUGAAAACGUGACAUUCUUCACCAGACUCGGCUCGAUUGGACAGGGAAACUUCGGCGAGGUAUGGAAAGGAGACCUUCGGUCAAACCAAAACCAUCUCGAUGUCGCUAUCAGGCAAAUACCAGAUCGCGUCACAAAAUCAUCACACGUACUUCAAGCGAUUGAGGUUCUUUACAAGCUAUCGGAUCAACCAAAUAUUGUUAAAUGUCUCGGAUAUUCUAAAGAGCAAGGUUUUAUUUUGUAUGAGUUCAUCUCGGGGGGUACACUACUUACCCAUCUACAGACUUCAGGGGUGCAAUCCCGACCCACUUACAGCAAACCAAAAGGUGUCCGUAUUGAUGAGGAUACACUACUUAAAUUGGCUUGGCAGGUAGCUAAAGGGAUGCAGUACCUUACUUCUAAGAAGAUCAUCCAUGGAGCGCUCUGUGCUCACAAUGUGUUGCUAGGAGAAAGAAAGCAAUGCAAGAUAUCAGAUUAUGGACUUUCUUCAUCGCUCUUUGGUGACGUAGCUAAACCAACCAGAUGGAGCUCACCAGAAACAAUGGCAACGGGUGACCAAACAACAGAAGGAGACAUCUGGUCUUUUGGUAUCGUCUUGUGGGAAAUUGUGACUCUGGGUGCAAGACCAUACCCAAAUAUGACAUUCAGCUCGGUUCAGACGGAGGUUGCUAAUGGUUACCAGAUGCCAUGCCCUCGUCACUGUGCACAAGAAGUGUAUGCGGUUAUGACUGGUUGCUGGGACAAGGAACCCCAAAAUCGGAGUAACUUUGAUCACAUCCUGAAGAGUAUGGAAAGGAUUUUAGAAAAGACACACAGUUACCUGUCUCUGAAUGACUUGGAUGAUGGGUUGUAUGUCUCUACUCUAGAUAUGUGAUGCCAAGAGCAUAAAACAAUGCCUCACAAUAUGUGUUUUACAUGGAAGGUCAAUGCAUACGUGGUAGAUUUAAGUGUAACCAAUUCACGCAUUUCAUUCUUCUCUGGAUACCGGACCCUUGAUUUGAUCAAGAUUGAAUUUGUUGUUUAAUUUCCUUUAAAAAUAUAUUAUGCUAUGCAGUGGUGUAUUUAGUAUCAGAAUGCAUGAAAACAUAGUUUAAUUUUCCUAGUAGUGUUUUGGUUUUUCCUGGUGUUUAGUGUUUUUUAUUUUUUUUUAUUUUAACCCCCACCGAUACCAAUUCCAGGGUCCCAUAGCACAAAGAUUAGGAAUUAAUUGUACUUGUCUUUUUUACGCUUGAUUGUGCAUUGUAGUCAGCAGGGGCGUCGAUCCAUUUUUCAGAUAUGGGGGGGGGGGCAAAAUCAUGAAUCAA